CAUGACAAAGCGGUUGUCCCGUUUAUAAAACCCAGCGGGCUAUAAAAAGGGGCCCAGCGCGAGGGUCCGGCUUCACAGUGCAACUUCACGCGGACUUCAGGGAAACGAUGUCAGCGAUGGGCCGGAUCAUCUUCUACGAGGACAAGAACUUCCAGGGCCGCCGGUAUGAGUGCGACAGCGACUGCUCCGACUUCCACACCUACCUGAGCCGCUGCAACUCCAUCCGAGUGGAGAGCGGGGCCUGGGUCCUGUACGAGCGCCCCAACUACAUGGGCUACCAGUACGUCCUGACCCGGGGGGAGUAUCCAGAGUACCAGCGCUGGAUGGGCCUCAGCGACCGGCUGGGCUCCUGCAAGAUGAUCCACUUCCCCAGCGGCACGCAGUACAAGAUCCAGCUGUACGACAAGGGCGAUUUCACCGGGCAGGUGUUCGAGGCGACGGAAGACUGCCCCUCGGUGCUGGAGCGCUACCGCACGCGCGAGGUGCACUCCUGCAAGGUGCUGGAGGGCGUCUGGGUCUUCUACGAGAACCCCAACUACCGCGGCCGGCAGUACUUGCUGGAGAAGGGCGAAUACCACAAGCCAGUCGAGUGGGGCGCCGUCUGCCCCACCGUCCUGUCCUUCCGGCGCAUCACGGAGUGAUCCCUGCCGCCCCCCCCAGUCCCCGCGAGCGGCCGUGUGACCCCGUCCCCCUCGCCCCCUCCUCAUCAC